AUGGGCCUGCAAAACUUCUCGGAUUACCCCGAAUACCUCCAUAACUAUAACGAUGAUGCAGAUUACACCUACGAUGAGUUAGACAGCUUGAAGACAAGCCCGUCCCUCGAUGGGAAGGACAUCGCCAGGAUCCUCUCUGUUGUCAUUUACAGCGUGUCCUGCGUGCUGGGCUUACUCGGGAACGGCCUCGUCAUCGCAAUCAUAACGCUGAAGAUGAAGAAGUCGGUCAACGCCAUCUGGUUUCUCAACCUGGCUGUGGCCGACUUCCUCUUCAACAUCUUCCUGCCCAUUAAUAUUGCUUACACCGCCAUGAGGUACCACUGGAUCUUUGGGAAAGUCAUGUGCAAGCUCAACUCCUUCCUCCUCAUCCUCAACAUGUACACCAGCGUCCUUCUGCUCACCACCAUCAGUUUCGAUCGCUACGUGUCGGUGGUUUUCCCGGUGUGGUCUCAGAACCAUCGCUCGACCAACCUAGCCUACUUGGUUUGCUUGAUUAUCUGGACCAUCGGCAUCGUGAUGAGCUGCCCUUCGCUCAUCUUCCGAGACACGGCCCAAUCCUCCAGCAACGUGAUUUGCUUCAGCAACUUCUCCCUGUCCAGCAAUAAGUCUUAUCUGCCCCUGGCACUGGCAAGACACAGAACAGUGACCAUCACUCGGUUCCUUGCUGGGUACAUCCUCCCCAUAACCAUCAUCACCUUCUGCUACAUCGCCAUCGUCCUCAACCUGCGCCGAAACCGCCUUGCCAAAUCCAAAAAGCCCUUCAAGAUCAUCGUCACCAUCAUAGUCACCUUCUUCCUCUGCUGGAGCCCCUACCACCCUGAGCCCCACAGUGUCCCCUUCUCCGUGUUUGAGAUCGGCGUCCCUAUAACCACGGCGCUCGCUGCCUCCAACAGCUGCAUGAACCCCGUCCUCUACGUCUUCAUGGGCCAGGACUUCAAGAAGUUUAAGGUGGCCAUCUUCUCCAGGCUGGUGAACGCGCUCAGCGAGGAGACGGGCCACUCCAGCAUCGUGCACAGGAGCUUCUCCAAGAUGUCCUCCAUGACGGAGAAGGAGACGACGGUGCUGUGAACGCAACG